AUGGCAGAUUGGAUAAAUUUUUUAGGUUGGGCCAUUCUCCCUCAAUUAGCGACAAAUUGUGUUCAAAGUAUUUAUUACAGGACAGUAUAUUAUGCUGGCGCAAACAUUCCUAAACCUGGCCAACCGAGAUAUGCGUUACAUCGAAAAAGAAUAUUCGUCAUAGUAGUUUUAGCAUAUUUGAUCUACACAAUCGUAGAUGUUAUUCAUUCAAGAAAACCAAAUUAUUAUGACGAACUCAAUAUUAGUCAAGAUUUCACAAUCAAAGAAAUCAAGACUAACCUUAGAAAGCUUCAACUUGAAUACCAUCCUGAUAAAAACCAAGAACAAGGCGCACAAGAAACUUUUAUUUUAUUACGCGUUGCCUAUGAUACUCUAACAGACCCAGUUAAACGAUUCGCAUAUGACAGAUUUGGCGCGGAAAUCAAUAAUUGGAAUAAUUGCAUCACAUUACGUGAUUAUCUUGUUAACGGGUGGACUUCCUUUUUUGGCUUUUAUAUAGGAACAGGCCUUGUUCUAUUUAUCUUAAAUAUAUUAGGUAAAGGCCAAUUCGGUCGGUUUUGGAGAUUUGUUGUAUUUUUUGCUAUAGCCUGCCUUGAAGCAUCGAUGAUUUUACAUCCAAAUCCACCUUUUAUUACUUCGUUAUUUUUAUCGAGAUGGGUCAUCUUUGAACAAAUUAUUAUUUUACGUCAACUUUUUAUCACCAUAUUUGUCGCUCUUUCCCAAAUUGGUCCGGUACUAUUUCCUUCUGACGAGAUAAUAAUUAGUCCUUCACUUGUAAGCCUUGAAACCAUUAGUAAAGUUGCGGCUAUAGAAUCUAGGAAUUUUCUUCAAACAAGUUUUCAGCCUUUCCAGGAGGACAUCGCUGCACAAAAAGAAUUAGAGAAAAAGAUGGAGAAUUUAGUAGUAGAUGCUGUUUUAUAUCAAAAUGAUCCAGAAUUAACUCAGAUGUACAGCCAAGUUUAUCAACGAAUGGCAAAUCGUAGGAAAAACCAGUGA